AUGACGCGCAAUUCGUUUCCGUGGUUUGACUGCAUGGCCCGUCGUCUCGCUCUCCUUUGGCUCGUGCUCGUCGGGCUCGCCGUCGCAGAGACGGAUCAAGCAUGCGCCUCGUCGCUCAACAUCAUCGUCCACGCGCAGGCCCACUCGUCGACAGACGUGCUCGUCAUCGGCUCUGAAAUGACCUGCGCUGGCUUCCAAGCCGCCUUUGUCGCCGACGGCCACCACGUACAGCUCAUGUACCCCAGCAGCUACGGCGCGCUUCAAGAUCGUGUGUGGGAUAUCGUCUUCAUCGAGGGCUGGUUCCCCGCGAUCACGGCCUUCAUCCACGAGAUCCGACGGGCCACACACGGGCACGCCCGUGUGUAUUUCUACUGCUUGGACCCCGACUUUCCCGGUCUCAGCACGUUGCAGAUGCUGGACGUGGACGGCUUCUUUGUCAACAGCCACGACGCGCUGCAGCAUCUAUCCCCGUUUGCGGCCGUGACCGAGUACUUGCUCUUGGCCGCGACACCGCCGCCGCCAGCUCCAGCCUAUAAUCCGUACACCGCCAUCCCUCCUGUCGUCUACGUCGGCAACGCCGUUGGCAUCAUGACCAAGCAGCAUCUCGCAUCCAUGCUGCGAGAGGCGAUUCCCUUUGGCCUUCGCAUCUAUGGCUACGCGUGGGAGAUGCACCCCGAGUUUGCACCGUUCUGGGCCGGUGUCUUGCCAGCCGCCGACUUGUGGGACGUCUAUCACGCGGCCAAAGUGGUUCUUGGCGCGACGAUGGACGGGCAGCGCGCAUCCGGCAUGAUCAACAACCGGGUCUUUGAGGCGCUCGCCGUCGGGCGCAUCUUGAUCAGCGAUCACUCGUCGGCGCUCGAGGCCCUCGUCGGCGACCGUGUGCUCUACUACAAGGCGCCUGGCGACAUGACGCGUCAUUUGGCACAGCUCGUGACGACCGACUAUGCAUAUUCCUACUCGCCAGACGACUUGGCGGCAUAUAUACGCACCCACCACACGUACGCCCCGCGCGCAGCGUUCGUUCUCGCGACACACCGUCAGCUCUCACCGCGCGACAGCGACCGCAUUCACAAACCCAAGCUCUUGGUCGUAAUGGACGACAUUUGGCUGGCGUCGCACUUGCUGAGUGCGCUGUUCGUACACGAUGUGGUACUGCCGGCGCUGGCCACACUCGAGCGCCUCUUCCUUGUCCAUAUAAGCAGCGAGCUUUCGACAUUCACGACAGCAGCGAUGCAACCGCAUGAUCUCGUGCUGCUGCUCAGUGCGUACGACAGUGCCUUGGAGCGAACCUUCCGCUUCAUGGCGCUGCCGUGCGCCAAGGGGCUCUUCCUCCUCGCGCCACUACGAUACAACGACGGGUUUGAAAAGGAGGGCGCCUUGUAUGACAUUGUGUACUUUACGCAGCCCGAUCAAUUCGACCAAGUGCGGCGCGCCCGCACCAACGUCCAGAACGCCUUCGGAUGGCCAGUAGCUAUCGCGUCCGUGGAACCACCGUCCGUGCCGUGCGACGUGCUCAUCGUUGGCGACUGGGACGACGAUGAGCAGCGCCUGCUGCGUCUGUUCGGGGACCUCGACCAAGGUCUACGUAUCACGGUGGUCGUGCCCGAGCGGCAUGCCCACGACGCCCGUUAUGCAAUGACGCAGCUCGCGUCGAUGGGCAUACGCGUGGCCUACGCCGCCCCUGGCAACGACUCGCUGCAUCGCCUUUUAGCGCGUCACGACUGCGAUGCGAUCUUCAUUCCGGGGACCCAGGACGUCGGUGGCACCGACUAUUUGCUCGCGAUGGGACUUGCGCAUGGGCAUACGGUGCGUGUGCAGCCGGACAACGACCGACUCCAACGUCUCUUUCAGCGCUUGACAAGUACGGACCCGCCGACAUGGGACGUGGCGCAUGUGGCUUCGAUGCUGGCCAUUGGCAAGACGCGGCCGCUGGUCCUCGGCCGUGGCAACGCCAGCGUCUCGAUGGUAGUCUCAGAGUCGUGCAUGCAUCACAGGGGUAGCGUCGACGUGUUCUUUGAGACCCACAACUUUGAGCCGCCGGCGGACGGCGUCGUGUGCUUGCUUAUCGACGGCGCCGCCUACGGCUGCGUCCUCCACACUGGCAUGCACUUUUACGUGCGCUUGCCGAUCGGCUCGAGGAACGUGACGCUGCAGAUGGCGCUGCGCAGUAUCGUGUUUGACGAUGUAUUUGCGCGGUCGCCGCCGAUCGUGCUGGCGGCGUCGCCCGAGCGCGCGCCGCUGGCGCCGCCGACUUCGACACGCUAUGUGAUCGACUUGGCCGAUAGUACGUAG